AUGAAGUCCUUCACCGUCGCCACCCUGGCCGCCCUGGCCGGGAACGCCGCUGCCCACGCCACCUUCCAGCAACUCUGGGUUGACGGCGUCGACUACGGCUCCCAGUGCGCCCGUGUCCCCUCUUCCAACUCCCCCAUCACCGACGUGAGCGGCACCGGUGUCCGCUGCAAUGUCGGCACCAGCCGCCCCAGCGGAAAGUGCCCCGUCAAGGCCGGCUCCACUGUCACCGUCGAGAUGCACCAGCAAAACGGCGACCGCUCCUGCAACAACGAGGCGAUCGGCGGGGCCCACUACGGCCCUGUGAUCGUCUACAUGUCCAAGGUCUCGGACGCCGCCUCGGCCGACGGUUCGUCGGGCUGGUUCAAGGUCUUCCAGGACGGCUGGGCCAAGAAGUCGGGCGGCGGCUCGGGCGACGACGACUACUGGGGCGUCAAGGACCUCAACGCCUGCUGCGGCAAGAUGGACGUUAAGAUCCCCUCCGACAUCGCCCCCGGCGACUACCUCCUCCGCGCUGAGGUCAUCGCGCUGCACACCGCCGGCGGCGCGGGCGGCGCCCAGCUGUACAUGACCUGCUACCAGCUCUCCGUCACCGGCGGCGGCAGCGCCACCCCGGCGACCGUCUCGUUCCCCGGCGCGUACAAGUCGUCGGACCCCGGCAUCCUCGUCAACAUCCACUCGGCCAUGUCCGGCUACACCGUCCCCGGCCCGGCCGUCUACUCGGGCGGCACCACCAAGGCCGCCGGCAGCGCCUGCACUGGCUGCGAGUCCACCUGCAAGGUCGGCUCCGGCCCCACCCCGACCCUCUCCCAGCCGACUUCCUCGGCCACCUCCAACCCGGGCAACGGCGGCGGUGGCAACGGCGGCUGCGAGUCCCAGAAGUACCAGCAGUGCGGCGGUACCGGCUACACCGGGUGCACCAACUGCGCUUCCGGCUCGACCUGCAGCGCCGUCUCGGCUCCCCACUACUACCAGUGCCUGUAA